UCAUGUCGCAUCAUGUUGGAUUUUCCGCGCCGAGAAUUGCAAAGUGCAAAUAGGAAGAAGUCGAAAAUAGUUUCGAGUAAAUACAUGCAUAAGUACAUGUGCACGUGUGUAUACAAAAAAUCGCAAAGUUCCACACACAAAGCUACAGUAAAUGGGCAUAAAUCUUGUGGCAAGCCGUCCGUCAGUAAAUCAUUAAAUUAGUAGCCCCACCAACACACUCGCAUUUGUACAUCUGUUGUGUUGUGUGUGCCAGUGAGCGAAAGAAGAAGCUAAAGGAAGUGAAAUUGGCGGCAGUUUGACCGAAACAACAACAAGAAAAACAAAAACAACUCUUGCAACACACACACUCACGCACAAAAUUGAUUCGCGUUCGUCAUCAGUCGUCGGUUUCGGUCCUUCCCGUCCCCGUUCCCCUUCCCGCUUUCCACCCCCCCAGAGACCCGUGAACCAUUGUGACAUUUGAUUUAUUUGACGUGUGUGUUUUUGAUAGAAGCCCAACACGAAACUGACACGCACACACACACUCCCCAAAAGAGAGACGGUCGAGAAUAUUUGUACAAUAUUUGUGAAACGAAAAUAAAAUCUUUUUUUUUUGCGCGCAUUGUAUGUUUGGAAGUGAACACAAAUAAUAUACAAAACACAGCACAGGCUCCAAGAACAAAUCUCUCGCUAUCGAUGAGCAGACGGAAUUAAUUGUUAAUCUAAGCGAUCUGUUCGGAAAGUGAAACCCGAAAAAGUUCAACAAAAUGAUGCUACACGAGGCUGUCAUGCUGGAAAUCUAUCGCCAGGCGUUGAGUGCAAGCGAGUUGGCCAGUCCGCGCUGCCAGUCCAGGGAGUCGACCGCUUCAGCCGGAGUCGGAGCAGCGCCUAGCGAUGCGCGAUGUCCCUCAAAUGAGUCCCACUGUUCAGCAAAUGAUUGCCUGACCCCGGCUCCUACGCCUACUCCAACGGCCACGCCCACCUCUCCGCACUCGGUGGGCCUCCCUCUGACCGCCACACUUCCCCCCGCAGCUGCCGCGGCUCUGCUUCCCCCACAGUCUGCUGCGAUGGCCGCAUACCUGGCUGCCGCCCAGCAGAAUCAUCUGCUGCUGACGAAUCCCCUGGCUGCAGCAGCUUCUCUGGUCCAGCAUGCGACUCAACAAGCGGCGGCUGAGAAUGGGGAGCCGCCGGCCCUUGAUUUCAGCAGAAAGCGUCCGACUAGCGACGGGGAGGACGAGGAGGAGGAGGAAGAGGAGCAGGAACAAGAUCCUGAGCCGGAUGUCCAGGGUGACAAUGGUCCCUUGGAUCUCUCCGUUAGCACGAGAAAUAGGGAAGGCGACAGGGAUUCCCCUCCACCCAGAAAGAUUCCAAGGAAUAUCUCUUCUGAAUACAAAUCCCCUCUGCCACCUGGAAGCUGGGUGCCCCCAAUCAACCCUUACCUAGCAGCUGUGGCGGCCAAAACCGGAGGAUUGGGUAGCUCAAAAUUGGUACCCAACGAGGCCAGCAAGGCGCUGGAGAAAAUGACCGAGAUGAGCCGCCUGGAAACAUCCCCACCAAAUCUAAGCAGGAGCUCUGGCAUCACAUCAUCUUCGGGAUCAGGAGCGGUGGCAGGAAGCAGUAGCAGUUCCAGCUCCGGCGGUCGCCACAGUGCCUGGCAAUCGCAUUGGUUAAACAAGGGUGCCGAUGCCGCCAAGGAUGUAUUUAAAUGUGUGUGGUGCAAGCAGAGCUUCGCUACCUUAGCCAGCCUAACCACCCACAUGAAGGAGACGCAGCACUGCGGCGUGCAGAUACCCUCGCCGUCAUCGUCAUCCGGGGGAGUGUGUGCUCCCGCAGCGCCACCACCUUCCAGACUUCCUACUAAUUCCGCCUCGAAUUCCGCCUGCUCCAGCAGUAGUAGCUCCACGUCCAGCUCCUCCAACUCCUCGAAGUCAGAGUUGAAUAUGCUGAUCAAGGAAACGAUGCCGCUACCUAGGAAACUGGUUAGAGGUCAAGAUGUUUGGUUGGGAAAGGGUGCGGAGCAAACACGCCAGAUCCUCAAGUGCAUGUGGUGCGGUCAGAGUUUCCGAUCUCUGGCCGAGAUGACCAGCCACAUGCAGGAGACGCAGCACUACACAAAUAUUAUCUCCCAAGAGCAAAUAAUAUCCUGGAAGUCUGGAGACGAGAGAGAAAGACCUUCAAAUGGUGGCGGCGCGGCAACUGGUGUGGCUCCCUCCUCAGCUGGCCCUCCUUCUUCUUCGUCCAGUGGAACAGCCGCCGCGGUCAGUGCCGUGCUCACAUGCAAAGUGUGCGAUCAAGCUUUUGGCACCCUGAAGGAACUAAGUACGCAUAUGGCCCAGCAAUCGCACUACAAAGAGUCGCCGUCGUCUUCUGUUUCGCCACCAGCACCCGGUUCUGGAAACUCGAAGAAGGGGAGGCAAACUCGCAAUGAGAAGAGAAAAAAGUCACUGCCGGUAAGAAAGCUCCUGGAACUUGAACGGUCGGGCUCAAACUCUAGUCUGGAUUCAGCUUUGAAACCACUAAGAGAUUUCGCAGCAGCCACCAAAAUCACCUGUGAGAAAUGUGGCAGUAAAAUAGAAACUGCAUUGUUCGUGGAGCACAUUAGAAAAUGCUUAGGCGAGAGUAUACCCAUUCCACCCAGGCGAUCUAACCAGGGAUUGGAUCGUUUGCCCAGCCCAAUUUCAGGAAUUGGGAGUGAGAAGCCGCCUUCUGUUUUGAAUGCGCUAGAGCAACUUAUCGAAAAAAGCUUUGAAUCGAGGGGCGGAAGAACGAUGACACCAGGUGGUUACUCCGAAGCCGGGACGCCACUGGGAGCUAGUAUCCUUAAGCGUUUGGGCAUCGAUGACAGCAGUGACUAUACGAAGCCUCUUAUGGACGCCCAGGCAAUACACCUUCUGCGAUCCUCCUACGGUUCUAGGGACCGCAGUGCCAGUGAAUCCAGUUCGGCCAGCAGAGUGGAAUCGUCCUACACACCGGAUAGGCAGCAAGCCACGCCACGAAGAACACCGGAUACGCCAGCACCGCCACCACCACCGCCGCCGCCGCCCACCAUUAAGGCGGAGCCCGUGGAGACGGAUCUAUCGGCAUGUGAAGAUCGGGAGGUUAGUAGCAGUCCUCGGCAACAAAUCCACGUGAAAAAGGAGUUCAGCAUGGAGGCGAAUCCGGAGAGUCCUGGACCUCAGACAGCAAAGGCUGGAGCAGACAGUGGCAGCUUGCUGGCCUUAAACUCCAUGUUCGAUCAGCUGAGUGGCGGGGAAGCCAACAACAAUAACAAUACGGGACACUACAACAACAACAAUCCGUCAAACAACACUUCAGGCAAGAAACCGAAGGCUCAUCCCCUGGCAGCUCUGCAAAAACUCUGCGACACAACGGAUCCACCUGCCUCAAACACUCGCAGUGGCUCCUCCAGCGGAUCAGCGUCCGCAUCAGCUGCGAUCCCUUCCACUAACGGAAGUGAUCUUGUGGCCUUUAGCUGGGCUUGUAAUGAGGCCGUUUUGAGUGCUAGCAGUGGCGGAGGUUCUGGCGGUGACUCGUCGAUCAUCAAGUGCUCCUUCUGUGAUACGCCCUUCGGGUCGAAGGGCGCCUACCGCCACCACUUGUCCAAGGUGCACUUCGUGAAGGAUGCGGGUGAGGAGUCGCCGAGGCUCAAGUCGCCGGCGGCCCAGAGCCCGAAAUCAGUGCCAACGGCUUCGCCCAAAAGAUCUGCUUCCAGAAGUCCGGCAACGCAGUCCAACUUGCAGCAGCCCGCUCUAUCGCCAACUAUCAAUCCAUACGACGAGAGUCCGCAGUCAAAGUUCCUUAAGUAUACGGAGCUGGCCAAACAGCUGUCCUCAAAAAAUGCCUAGAAGUCUCAUUAGGGGAAGAGAGACCCUAGGAGUCCCACACAAUUCUUGUUGAUUAAAAAUCAUUUGAAAGGCACCCAAAAGUAUGCACCCCAGACACGGCCAAAAUUUGUAAAUUUCAAUUCCACAAGCUUUUUUGUGUGGGAUGCCAUCUGUUGUAAAGUAAUACUUCGUUUGUUUAGUUAUAUAUAAAACUUUAAUUAAUAUCACAAGAAUUGAACUUAGAUAGAUAGCAUCAUGGAGUGAUCUCAUUUAUAUUACCAAAGUUGUACUAUUAUCAUGGAAAAGACUUUUCAAAUAUUUUAUUUUUGUUUUACAUAUUUUAAAUAUUUUGUAAUCUAGGUUUAUCAACAUUACCAUUUCGGAAUUUUCCUUUAGAUAUCCGAUCUUAAAAGGUAUUUUGACUGCGUAUAAGUUAAAUUGGUAAAAGGAGAAGAUAUUUAUUCAAUAAUAAAUAAAUGCCCAACUCGAAACUCAGUUCUAACAAGAGCGCACUCAUUUGUGAUCAGCUCGCCGAGAGAGUAUUCUUGCUCAUAAAUGCUCCUGCUCUCCCGUGAUUUCCCCAAUCACUUGCAGGCGCUCUUUCGAAUGUCGCUGCACACUCACACUUGAAGCAAUUUCCCCUGCUUUUGCUGAAUUUGUUUCCCCACUCUCUCUCGUUCUCCGAUUUUCCCCUUUGGAACGCUAGCUUUUUAUUGUUUCCCAAUCGGACAUCAUGCCGUCGCAGUCGCUCGUGCGAGCGAGAGAGCCGGCAUACUCUGGGAGUAAAUUCAAUUACCACCACUUUGACGAACUGCUGUCCAUCAAGGCGCGUCGGACAGAGAUGGCAAUAGUAACAGGCGGGAGGCGGAGGCGACGACACGAGCUCGUCAAAGUUGGAUUGGAUAAGGCGAGGCAAAAACAACAACAACGGUCGAGUGGGUGGGUGGAGAGCACAAAAGAGCGAGGGACACUAUGUGGAUUGAGUGGAACGGGUUUUCGAGUGCAAUGGGUGAGUGAAACGUCGUAUGAAGCGUGCCAAAUAGGAUUCUUUAAUUUAAAUUUAACAGACUACGUGUAGUUCUAAGCAAGUAAAUCGCUAGACCUAAGCAAAUACAACUACAAACACAGCAACGCAGUAUACGUAAAAAACCUACACUAGGAGAAAAAUGUUAACCUCAACUCCCGACGGAAUACUUAAUCGAAUGCAUUAAUUAAAGUGUACAUAUUUAGCAAAUAGCAUUUUCCUUCCAUAUGUCUACAAAGAAUAUCAAUACACUUACAAAAAAACUUUGCAUAUAUCUUAAAAAGUCUUAAAUCAAAAUGUAGCCGCAGCAAACGCAAGUAUACGAACAAGUUUUAAAAAUUAUAAAUAUAUACUUAAAAGCUAUUUACACGCCCAUGUAUACCAAGAACUCGAACUCUCAACAAUAACACCCGAGAAUUCUAAAUAUUUAACCUAAGAAUUAAACCUAAGAACAAAACAAAAACUUUGCAGAAUGUAUAACAUUUUAAUAUUAACAAUAACAAAAAGUAUGUAUCAUUGACGAAAGUAAUUAGAUAUAUGAUAUUACUAUAACUAUGUAUACGACUUCUAUUUGAGUUUUGUGAUAUUAUUUAUAAAACGAGACCUUUCGCUUUCUGUCGCCACAUCCCCACUUCUUAAGUAAAUGUCCUUCGAACUAAUACCCUGUAACACACUUCCCACCCCGAGUCCUCUAGAUCGUAAAAGUAAGUUAUUUAAUGCAAUAAAGGCUCAGCAUCCGAAAUACAAUCUACAUACGUGAUUUUCUUCUCUCUACGAAACCAGAAAAAACGAUAAUACAGACAUGCAUAUGUACGUGGUCUUUGACUAAUUGAAUAUAUUGAUUCGAAAUUCCAAAAGAAACUAUUAGAAAACUAAAGAGUUGAAUAAAACAU